GAAUACACGAUAGAUGUGUUCUUCCGGCAAAGCUGGAAAGACGAGAGGUUGAAAUUCGAUGGGCCCAUGAACAUACUGCGGCUGAACAACUUGAUGGCCAGUAAAAUAUGGACUCCGGACACAUUCUUCCAUAACGGGAAGAAGUCGGUGGCUCACAACAUGACCAUGCCCAAUAAACUACUGAGGAUUCAAGACGAUGGCACCCUGCUUUACACCAUGAGGCAAAUACAGCUCAAACCAACUAUUUUAAUUAGUGUUAUAAAUUAUUAAUGAAGUUUAAUGAAAUAUUAUUACUGUAGCAGGUUUAGCUUGUGUUCUUUCAAUUAAUGUGGAACAGAAAAAUACAGUCAAAAUUAUGACGACCAUACCCAGUCUCCCCAAUGUCACCUCAACCCAAACACAUUUCAUUUGAAUUCAUGACACACAUCGCAUAUAGCACAUAUCCCCUUGUUUCUCCUCAUCUAACCAGUCUCGGUGUACGCCUCCCUUUUCCGCAGUAACCCCCUAAAUCAAUAAUUAUGUUACUGAUUGCGAUAUUUGACUCACUCAGUGCCAAUGACAGGAGAUAUUCAUUUUGACAAGUGAGUCCCUUUAGAAUGCAGAAGAAAGCAUUGCCCAGUCAGAGGCCAUUUGAAUGGAAUCACUUAUGAAAAAAGCAUUGUCAGGUCCUUUAGGCAGGAAUUGAUAUAGAUAGAGAGCAUCUCCACUGCACACAGUGCAAUAUAUUUCAGAAAUAGCCCAUAUAAAUCUGGGGGAUGCUCAUAGUUUGUGUGCCCUAUAAGCAUUUUCUAUCUCUAUAGCUUUGGUUUCCAUCAACUCUGGUUUAUUACUGAUUGCACCUUAGUUUAGAUUAAAAGAGGCUCUCAUGCUUGUUUGGUACAAAUCCAUUGGUUGUUCAUUCUGACACUACUAAACAUGACAUAUAGCUACAGUAUUUAAUAGUCGUAGCUAUUGCAUACUGGUUCGCAUCCACCAUAGUUGAUGGAACAGUGCAGAAAUUAACUAAGUGAAAAGGAUAUACGCCUGCACAGUUUGGUCGGCACAAUCGUGUGAAAAGGGUGUGUUUUUGGAUGUUACAUUGACGCAUAGUGCCCCAUGUGUGUUGUAUCUAGGUUGACAGUUCACGCGGAGUGUCCUAUGCAUCUGGAAGAUUUCCCCAUGGACUUCCACUCAUGUCCCCUGAAGUUUGGCAGCUGUGAGUAAUGCAUGAUUGACAAGUGCAGAGACACAUGGGGUCACUAAGGGCACCAGGGCAUGACUCUCAUGAAAAGAAAGUGUGAUUUGAAAUGCAUGCAGGAAUCAAAUGUGUCUAGUUUGUCUAGAUGGAAUUGCUCAAUAGGUAGUGUGUUAUAUGUUGCCGGGACACAUUGAUUUAUAAAUUGAUAGAUUUUAUAUCAGGAUUAUAAAUUCAGGGGUUCUUCCAGACUAUUUCAGUGAUUAUUUGAUUCCAUCGUCUACUGUGUUUGGGAAAUUAAGAUACUUAAAGCACCACUUAAAUUGAUUAAUUGAAGACAAUGUAAAAAUAUAAAUAUUGAUUGAUUAUUCAUAAAUUAUUUAUAAUAUUGAUUAUGUCAUUCAUGACUUAAUAUCAAUCAACUGGAUUCCAACUUAUCCCAUCAGCCCAAAAUGCAUGGGAUUGCUUUCUCACUGAAUUCACAAAGGUAUGUGAUAAACAUGCACCUUGGAGAACAGUAAAAGUUAAGGGCUGUCACCUGUUCAGAGAAAGGGAUAAAGCCUGGGCUAAGUACCGUAGAACUAAAGAUCCAAUUGAUUGGGAGUCCUACAGAAAAUUAAGAAACACUAGUAAAACUAAAACUAGAAAUCCAAAAGCCUCCUUCUAUGGAUAAAACAGAGCCUUCAGAAACUACGUUCAUCCACCGCUGGCCUGCUAGCCCCCCUACCUCUACUGAAGCACAGUUCCCGCCCAGUCAAAGCUAUUCACUGCUCUGGCACCCCAAUGGUGGAACAAGCUCCCUCACGACACCAGGACAGCGGAGUCACUGACCACCUUCCGGAGACACUUGAAACCCUACCUCUUUAAGGAAUACCUGGAAUAGUAUAAAGGGGGUGGUUGUCCCACUGGCUAUCCUAAAUUGAAUGCACCAAUUUGUAUGUCGCUCUGGAUAAGAGCGUCUGCUAAAUGACUUAAAUGUAUUCACACCCCUUGACUUUUUCCACACUUUGUUGUGUAACAGCCUGAAUUUAAAAUGGAUUAUAUUUAGAUUUUGUGUCACUGGCCUACACACAAUACCCCAAUAAUGUCAAAGUGGAAUUGUGUUUUUAGACAUUUUUACAAAUUAAUUAAAAAUUAAAAGCUGAAAUGUCUUGAGUCAAUAAGUAUUCAACCCCUUUGUUAUGGAAAACCUAAAUAAGUUCAGGAGUAAAAAAUAGCUUAACAAGUCAAAUAAUAAGUUGCUUGGACUCAUUCUGUCUUCAAUAAUAGUGUUUGAAUGACUAUCUCUGUACUCCACACAAUCAAUUAUCUGUACGGUCCCUCAGUCGAGCAGUGAAUUACAAACAAUUUCAAUGCUUCGCAAAAAAGGGUGACCUAUUGGUAGAUGUGAAAAACAAAAUAAAAAGAAGCAGACAUUGAAUAACUUUUUGAGCAUGGUGAAGUUAUGAAUUACACUUUGGAUGGUGUAUCAAUACACCCAGUCACUACAAAGAUACAGGCGUCCUUCCUAACUCAGUUGCCGGAGAGAAAGGAAACCACUCAGGGAUUUCACCAUGAGGCCGAUGGUGGCAUUAAAACAGUUACAGAGUGUAAUGGCUGUAAUAGGAGAAAACUGAGGAUGGAUCAACGACAUUGUAGUUACUUCACAAUACUAACCUAAAUGACCGAGUGAAAAGAAGGAAGCCUGUACAUAAUAUAAAUAUUCCAAAACAUGAAUCCUGUUUGCAAUAAGGCACUAAAGUAAAACUGCAAAAAACGUGGCAAAGAAAUGAACUUUAUGUCCUGAAUACAAAGGUUAUGUUUGGGACAAAUCCAACACAACACAUCACUGAGUAUCACUCUUCAUAUUUUCAAUGAUGGUGGUUGCUGCAUCAUGUUAUGGAUAUGCUUGUCAUCGGCAAAGACUAAUUCAUUUUUUAGGAUAAAAAGAAAUGAAAUAGAGCUAAGCACAGGCACAAUCCUAAAGGAAAACCUGGUUCAGUCUGCUUUCCAACAGACACUGGGAGAAAAAUUCACCUUUCAGCAGGGCAAUAGCCUAAAACACAUGGCCAAAUAUACAAUGGAGUAGCUUACCAAGACAACAUUGAGUGUUCCUGAGUGGCCUAGUUACAGUUUUGACUUAAAUCGGCUUGAAUCUAUGGCAAGACUUAAAAAUGGCUGACUAGCAAUGAUCAACAACCAACUUGAUAGAGCUUGAAGAAUUAAAAAAAUAAUAAUGUGCAAAUAUUGUACAAUCCAGGUGUGCAAAGCUCUUAGAGACUUACCCAGAAAGACUCACAGCUGUAAUCGCUGCCAAAGGUGAUUCGAACUUGUGGUGACUCAGGGUUGUGAAUACUUAUGUAAAUGAGAUUUCAUUUUGAAUAAAUGUUCACUUUGUCAUUAUGGGGUAUUGUGUGUAGAUGGGUGGGAUUUUUUAAAACGAUUUAAUCAAUUUUGAAUCCAGGCUGUAACACAACAAAAUGUGGAGUAAGUCAAGGGGCAUGAAUACUUUCUGAAGGCAUGUAUGUAUGUAUGUAUGUAUGCAUGUACAGUACCAGUCAAAAGUUUGGACACACCUACUCAUUCCAGGGUUUUUCUUUAUUUUUACUAUUUUCUACAUUGUAGAAUAAUAGUGAAGUCAUCAAAACUAUGAAAUAACACAUAUGGAAUUAUGUAGUAACCAAAAAAGUGUUAAGCAAAUCAACAUAUAUUUAAAUUUGAGAUUCUUCAAAGUAGCCACCCUUUGCCUUGAUGACAGCUUUGCACACUCUUGGCAUUCUCUCAACCAGCUUCAUGAGUUAAUUUGUGGAAUUUAUUUCCUUCUUAAUGCGUUUGAGCCAAUCAGUUGUGUUGUGACAAGGUAGGGUUGGUAUACAGAAGAUUUGGUAAAAGGCCUAGUCCAUAUUAUCGCAAGAACAGCUCUAAUAAGCAAAGAGAAACGACAGUCCAUCAUUACUUUAAGACAUGAAGGUCAGUCAAUACGGAACAUUUCAAGAACUUUGAAAGUUUCUUCAAGUGCAGUUGCAAAAACCAUUAAGCGCUAUGAUGAAACUGGCUCUCAUGAGGACCGCCACAGGAAAGGAAGACCCAGAGUUACCUCUGUUGCAGAGGAUAAAUUCAUUAGAGUUAACUGCACCUCAGAUUGCAGCCCAAAUAAAUACUUCAAAGAGUUCAAGUAACAGACACAUCUCAACAUCAACUGUUCAGAGGAGACUGCGUGAAUCAGGCCUUCAUGGUCGAAUUGCUGCAAAGAAACCACUACUAAAGGACACCAAUAAGAAGAAGAGACUUGAUUGGGCCAAGAAACACGAGCAAUGGACAUCAGACCGGUGGAAAUCUGUCCUUUGGUCUGAUGAGUCCAAAUGUGAGAUUUUUGGUUCCAACCGCCGUGUCUUUGUGAGACGCAGAGUAGGUGAACAGAUAAUCUCUGUAUGUGUGGUUCCCACCGUGAAGCAUGGAGGAGGAGGUGAUGGUGUUGGGGUGCUUUGCUGGUGACACUGUCAGUGAUUUAUUUAGAAUUCAAGGCACACUUAACCAGCAUGGCUACCACAGCAUUCUGCAGCGAUUCCCAUCUGGUUUGGGCUUAGUGGGACUAUCAUUUGUUUUUCAACAGGACAAUGACACAACACACCUCCAGGCUGUGUAAGGGCUAUUUGACCAAGAAGGAGAGUGCUGGAGUGCUGCAUCAGAUGACCUGGCCUCCACAAUCACCCGACCUCAACCCAGUUGAGAUGGUUUGGGAUGAGUUCGACUGCAGAGUGAAGGAAAGGCAGCCAACAAGUGCUCAGCAUAUGUGGGAACUCCUUCAAGACUGUUGGAAAAGCAUUCCAGGUGAAGCUGGUUGAGAGAAUGCCAAGAGUGUGCAAAGCUGUCAUCAAGGCAAAGGUUGGCUACUUUGAAGAAUCUAAAAUAUAAAAUGUAUUUUGAUUUGUUUAACACUUUUUUGGUUACUACAUGAUUCCAUAUGCAUUAUUUCAUAUUUUUGAUGUCUUCACUAUUAUUCUACAAUGUAGAAAAUAGUUUUAAAAAAUAAAGAAGAAUGAGUAGGUGUGUCCAAACGUUUGACUGGUACUGUAUGUAUGUAUUUAUGUAUGUAUGUAUGUAUACAGUAUAUGUAUAUAAGUACUUCGUUUUAUUAGUUGUAUAAGUAGUUGUAGCAGUAUUGUUAUUAGUUGUAGGCCUAUUUGUAGUUGUAUAACAACUUUAUUUUAAUUUUUAUUAUGAUUAUUUCAUUUGUAUAAUUAUUAGACAGUACUUGCCAUAUUAUUCUUGUUACUAAGUAUUGUUUUUUCUGUUUAGUGUUUUUCAUUUGGACACUCAAGAGAUUUGAUCCUGCAAAAUGUCUAAUCAAUAGAAUAAAUGUAGUUGCGGCCACCAGCUUUGAAUGUGAACUUUGUUUUUGGUGUCAUUCAGUGUCAUUCAGUGCUGAUCCUCACUCUCCUCCAUGUCAACAACACCAUCACAUUUUGUAAUUUCCAAGAGGCAGAAUAUAAUUUCUUUACUUCAUUUGAUGUGAGCCUUAACCCUGCAUACAAUCCCACACCAUAACAAAACAAAUAGGGGAUACAAGACCAGAAAUGGCACAAGGAUAAGAAUAGACUCGGUUUCUGCUGCUACAAACUUCUGCCAGUUACAGCAAUAACCAUUCCAUAACCACUGAGGGUGUUGAAUUGUUUCGAUAAACAAAACAAAACAAAUGGGGCCAAAUGCUUCAGCUCCUAAAAGCGAUAAAAUGCUCUGUGAGUCAAUAUGUGACAUUGCAUGUUGUGAAGUACACUGCAAGCCAUCCCCUGGCUAUAAAACUUUUGGCUAUUAUCCCCUACUAAGCUAACAGAUGCAAUUGUUUUAAGAUGGUCAUACCAUGGAUCAUUUAGCUAUUAGAUUUUUUAUUUUAGGCACACUGCAGGUAUAACAAAAUAUCAAAAUAAAUAUUUGAUACAAUAUUGAAUUAGGCUUUUACUGCUGUAGCCCAUAGAAACACAUUGAAUAACACAUUAAUAAAUGGCAAAACAGACAGUCACAAAAUAAAUCAUAAGGAAGGUUUUUAAGUGUAUGUCCAUAUUUCCAUUCAUUUUAGAAACCAGUACUGGGUUACAUUGAGACGAGUCCCGUGACACUUGUGGGGGUCGUAGAACAAAACAGAGAACACCAUUGUGUUCGUGAGUGUCUCCCCUUUCCAUAAUGGAUGCUAUAGACAGAAGUUGGCAAAUCGGCGGUACCGACUUCAGACGCUGCAGACGUUUUUGUGAGAAGACCGAUUUUUGGGAUGUCUCUUGGUCUGCCAAACAGCACUGUAGCUCUGCCACUUUCCACUGCAGAUGUGGAAGGCCGACAUAGGCGGAUGCGCUGGAUUGAGACACAGCCCAUGCAAAAAACCUAUCUCUAGCUUAAACAGAUGGAUUUUAAUGGGGAUUUUUUUUAUUAUAUGUUAAUUGAUUUGACGCAUGGGGGAAACUCAACCAUUGCCAAUAACCAAUUAAUAAUACAAGCCUUACUUUAAAUGAAAUGAUGAGUUAAUAUGUUAAGUGUUUUCAUGGCGCAGCAAGAAUAUGAUUCCCUAAUGGCAUUGAUGACUCACUGUUUGUCGAUGUUUACUAUAUGAAAUGGAGUGCUGCAUCAGAUGACCUGGCCUCCACAAUCCCCCGACCUCAACCCAAUUGAGAUGGUUUGGGAUGAGUCGGACCGCAGAGUGAAGGAAAAUCAGCCAACAAGUGCUCAGCAUAUGUGGGAACUCCUUCAAGAUUGUUGGAAAAGCAUUCCAGGUGAAGCUUGUUGAGAGAAUGCCAAGAGUGUGCGAAGCUGUCAUCAAGGCAAAGGGUGGCUAUUUGAAGAAUCUCAAAUAUAAAAUAUAUUUUGAUUUGUUUAACACUUUUUUGGUUACUAAAUGAUUCCAUAUGUGUUAUUUCAUAGUUUUGAUGCCUUCACUAUUAUUCUACAAUGUAAAAAAUUGUAAAAAUAAAGAAAAACCCUUGAAUGAGUAGGUGUGUCCAAACUUUUGACUGGUACUGUAUAUAUAUAUAUAUAUAUAUAUAUAUAUAUAUAUAUAUAUAUAUAUAUAUAUAUAUAUAAACUAAUAUGGUGUGAUUUGGAUCCUAUCUAAUUUAUACUAGGUGUUUAUUUCUUAAGGCAAUUGUCAUUUUCUUUCAGUUGCCAAACAAAAUGUAAUGACAACCAAAUAUACAACAUAGUCAUUGAGAUAAGCAUCUGGAGUAGAUUUUUUGUUGGAAAUUAUACAACCCUUAAACAGUUCGGUGACUUAAUAGACACCCUUCUCUUGAAUUAUCAGGAAUAAGAUUGAAUCACUACCCUAUUUUCACAUGCCACGCUGAUGGUGCUACCCUCACUCUCUUUGUGAUCUUAGAUGCCUAUACAAUGUCAGAGGUGACUUACGUCUGGACCAGUAAGCCUGCCGACUCGGUGGUGGUGGAAGGAGAGAGCUCCCGUUUGAACCAGUACGACCUGCUCGGCCAAACAGUGGGCCAAGAAACCAUCAAGUCCAGCACAGGUAUACUCAGGAUAUUACCUUUUUUUAUUAUUGCUUUGGUACUAUUUUCACAAAUAUGUGGUACAUACCCUUAGUACAAAACCCCAAACUGGUCACACUUGUAACGCAGCCAGUCUUUCAUUCAAAACCUGUCAUUGUGCAUUCAUUUGGAUUGUAAACAUCUCUCACCACACAACCAUUGAUUCAAAAUAUAAGCUUAUUGUGAAAUGUAAUAAGAACAUUGGUUUAAUCACCAAAACACAACAUAAUGAUAUCUUUUCAAUUUAGUCGUUUUAACUACAAGUUAAUCCAAUAGCAAACAAUGCAAGAUAGUACGUGUUUGAAAUCACCCUUAGAAGUGCUUAAAAUAAUAUGCUACAGUACUGUAAAUUACACCGUUUUCACAUUAGGCAAUACACUUACAUUACCCAACAAAAUUUAUAGAAAAUCUAUCAUUUCCAUAAUAUCUAUCCAAUGUGUAAUCAAAGGUGUGAUCAAUGAAGACAUCCUCUACAAUCAUUCAGGCAAAAAAAAUAAGAUAUAAUUGCAACAUAGGGGUACUGUCUGUAAUCAAAUGUAAGAAAUUAAAUGAAAGAUUAAAUGAAAAUCAAACAAUGUUUAGCAUUUGGCCAUAAAUUAUCAUCCACAUCACAGUGAAUGUCCUCAUUGUUCAUGCACCGUGGGAAAAACCUUUUGUCAUGACGAAUCCAAGCUUGACAUUGGUCUGCAAUGAUGUCGUCACAUGCCUCAUCUAUGGCCAGAAAGAGGGUGGCACGCUCAUGGGGAUGGCGAUCCUUAUGAAAUCCUCCAAAGAGCCCACUGUGGAUAGGCCAAGUCUCACCAAGAGUACUAGAAAUCCAGGUUGCGAAACACUAUUUGUUGACCCAGCCAGUGGAUAACAGAGGCUGAAAGAAUGUUUAGUCCGUGUCCUUGUUACGAGGUCUAUCAUACUAAAACAGUCCUCUCAGCUGGAGAGACAGUAACUGCACUGCAUGUCUGAUAAGCUUAUUCGACUAGAAUCUCUCCAAAAUACAUUUUAGUCUGACUAGGGAAUCAACUGGACAAAACAACAACCGAUUCUGCUUUGACUGUUGAAACAAGAGACUCUCCACUUUAGACCAAUCGGACUACAAAGGCUUCAUUGACACAGGUGCGCAGCCUCCUACAGGAGGCAAGAGGGGAAAACUCCUGUUCUGCUCAGUCGGUUGGAGAGGAGAGUGAGGGAGAGUGAGGGAGAGUAAGCGAGCGCUUUGUGCCCAAUUGCAACAUUCAGUUGGAAGCAGAAGCACAGCUCUAGGAGCUGCCAUUCACUCAGACACACAGGGGAGCUUCGUUCUGAAAGGAGGGCCGCCUUCUUAUUCCUGAGCUGUACUGCUGGUCUUAUUUUGGAGCUGUCGUAAGACACAAGAGGAGCCUUGUCUCACAAAAGUGCACCAGAGCGAUAAAUGGGGAUGAAAUGCUGUGUUCUGGGCCUCGGAUACACACAGUAAAAAAGGGAGGGAAAAGUAUGUGUAUAGGAACAGAUGGGAAAAGGUUUCAACAAAGGGGUUGGAGGGGAGUCAUUAGCGUAAGGAGAGGCAUCCGACAGUGACACAUACACUCCACCGAGAAGACAGACAAGCUCGGUUUAGCUGUAUGGCGAACAGGUUCUUUGUCAACAUUGAGCAUUGUGACCUUUCGAAAUGCAAUUAUUCAUCUGAUUUAAGUUGUGUUACAAAAUACACUACAUUGUAGAAUAAUAGUGAAGACAUCAAAAGUAUGAAAUAACACAUAUGGACUCAUGUAGUAACCAAAAAAGUGUUAAACAAAUCAAAAUAUAUUUUAUAUUUGAGAUUGUUCAAAUAGCCACCCUUUGCCUUGAUGACAGCUUUGCACACUCUUGGCAUUCUCUCAACCAGCUUCACCUGGAAUGCUUUUCCAACAGUCUUGAAGGAGUUCCCACAUAUGCUGAGCACUUGUUGGCUGCUUUUCCUUCACUCUGCAGUAAGACUCAUCAAAACCAUCUCAAUUUGGUUGAGGUCGGGGGUUUGUGGAGGCCAGGUCAUCUGAAGCAGCACUCCAUCACUCCCUUUCUUGGUAAAAUACUGCCUGGAGGUGUGUUGUGUCAUUGUCCUGUUGAAAAACAAAUGAUAGUCCCAUUAAGCCCAAACCAGAUGGGAUGGCGUAUUGCUGCAGAAUGCUGUGGUAGCCAUGCUGGUUAAGUGUGCCUUGAAUUCUAAAUAAAUCACAGACACCAGCAAAGCACCCCCACACCCAACACCUCGUUCUCCAUGCUUUACGGUGGGAAAUACACAUGCGGAGAUCAUCCGUUCACCCACACCGCGUCUCACAAAGACACGGCGGUUGGAACCAUAAAUCUCCAAUUUGGACUCCAGACCAAAGGACACAUUUCCACCGGUCUAAUGUCCAUUGCUCGUGUUUCUUGGCCCAAGCAAGUCUCGUCUUCUUAUUGGUGUCAUUUAGUAGUGGUUUCUUUGCAGCAAUUCAACCAUGAAGGCCUAAUUCACACAGUCUCCUCUGAACAGUUGAUGUUGAAAUGUGUCUGUUACUUGAACACAUAUCACACUUUCACAAAAUGCUUGAAGACAUGGCUAAAGGUCAAUCAGAUUUGUGAACAUGGUCCCUAGCUGUGUGUUGCCGCUUUCCAUGUCUGUUGUCUGUAACUUGUGAGGUGUGGAAACACUUUGUUGCUUUUAUGAAUUUUGUCUUGCUGCUUUUUGUUCUAUGUUGCUCGGUCUGUAUGCUACGUCUUGUUUGUCCUAUGGUGCUAUGUCUGUAUGCUAUGUCUUGUUCUAUGUUGUUAUUGUCUAUAUUGUAAUUGUUUUUAAUAACCUGCCCAGGGACUGCGGCUGGCUAAAACCGGCACUUUUACUGAAACGUUGAUUAAUGUGCACUGUCCCUGUAAAAAUAAACUCAAACUCAAACUCAAACUCUGUGAAGCAUUUAUUUGGGCUGCAAUUUCUGAGGCUGGUAACUCUAAUUAACUUAUCCUCUGCAGCAGAGGUAACUCUGGGUCUUCCAUUCCUUUCGCGGUCCUCAUGAGAGCCAGUUUCAUCAUAGCGGUUGAUGGUUUUUGCGACUGUACUUGAAGAAACGUUCAAAGUUAUUGAAAUGUUCCGUAUUGACUGACCUUCAUGUCUUCAAGUAAUGAUGGACUGUCGUUUCUCUUUGCUUAUUUGAGCUGUUCUUGCCAUAAUAUGGACUUGGUCUUUUACCAAAUAGGGCUAUCUUCUGUAUACCCCCCCUACCUUGUCACAACACAACUGAUUGGCUCAAAUGAAUUAAGAAGGAAAGAAAUUCCACGAAUUAACUUUUAAGAAGGCACACCUGUUAAUUGAAAUGGAUUCCAGGUGGCUACCUCAUGAAGCUGGUUGAGAGAAUGUCAAGAGUGUGCAAAGCUGUCAUCAAGGCAAAGGGUGGCUAUUUGAAGAAUCUCAAAUAUAAAAUAUAUUUUGAUUUGUUAACACUUUCUUGGUUACUACAUGAUUCCAUAUUUGUUAUUUCAUAGUUUUGAUAUCUUCACUAUUAUUCUACAAUGUAGAAGAUAGUAAAAAAUAAAGCAAAACCCUUGAAUGAGUAGGUGUUUUGACAGGUAGGGUAUGUAUAAUACUGAGGGAAAGCAGAAGGCACCGUUUAAUUAUAUUCUUUUUUUUAUUACAUUACAUUUCUUGACUGAGCUCCACCAUUGGAAUAAAAGCAAAGUAUACUAGGGAGAUGUUGGCUGCUUUGAAUAAUGUGAAAAGCUCCUAGGAAAAUAGAGAAUAAUAGUUACAGUAUUUAUAGCCACAUAGAAACCUCAGAGAAACCUCAGAGAAACCUCAGAGAAACCUCAGAGAAACCUCAGAGAAACCCAGAGAAACACAGAGAAACCCAGAGAAACCUCAGAGAAACCUCAGAGAAACCUCAGAGAAACCCAGAGAAACCCAGAGAAACCCAAAGAAACCUCAGGGAAACCUCAGAGAAACCUCAGAGAAACCCAGUGAAACCCAGAGAAACCCAGAGAAACCUCAGAGAAACCCAGAGAAAAUCAGAGAAACCUCAGAGAAUAUGGGAUGUGCUCCAGCUAUGUUGCAUGGCAUGGAUUUUCUUGUCACCAUGACUGUGGCAGACAAGUGGAUCAAUACGGUGGCCAAUGUAGUAAAUGAUUAGUAUCUGCCCCCUCUGCAUGUCUCCGCAUGUGUUUCUGGGGAGCACUCUCGUCGCACAUGUCAUAACAUGUUUGAAACGCUCUUUAGGAUCUUCAUGACCAGGUCAGUGGUUCUAUGCAGCGUUGAUUGAACUCUUGUCCUGCUCUGUCAUCCCUCCUUUCCCCUCCUCCUUCCUUCCCCUUCUUCUUCCCCUUCACUUAGACAUCACACACUCCCAGGUUUAGUGCCACUAUCCAUUAUUACACAUAAGUAUACAUUCCAACGAUGUAGAGAAUAUUACUGUUGGGCGUUUCAACAUCCAAUGGGAAUUCCUAAUCUGUUUUCAUUGAGGAGAAAGCCCUCCGAUCUCAACUAAAUGAUCCAGUCAUAUGCCACUGGUCUGAAAGUUCAGUGCUUAAAAGAUUGAAUUCCUGGGACUAAGUGCCACUAGGAGGUGGUCCUCUGUAGCUCAGCUGGUAGAGCACGGCGCUUGUAACGCUAAGGUAGUGGGUUCUAACCCCGGGACCACCCAUACACAAAAAAAAAAAAAUGUAUGCACGCAUGACUGUAAGUCGCUUUGGAUAAAAGUGUCUGCUAAAUGGCAUAUUAUAUUAUAUUAUUAUAGGAGCGUUGUCCAAGUGAAAUACGGAGGAGCCCCCUUCGCUGAAUCCCUUCGUUUGACUAUCCCCUACAUAUUUGCUGAUUGUGUUUAAAUUAAUCAUUCAUUAGUACUGUGUCAGUGUGUAGUCUACCGGUGCAGUAAACUAGGUCGUUUGGCAAAACUGGCUGUACUCGAGUGCGAGGGAAAUCUUGCAUCGGGCCACGAACAUAACAGCAAAAUACUUUUAGCAAAUCACUUCAUUUUGUUGUAUUUUUACAUUGACUCACAGAUAGGACAGGGGGGUGUUUUCCAAAGCAAAUGAGAGGGCAGGAAAUGACAAAAUAACUACAAGUUAAUACUUGUAAAUUUCAAUGAAUUAAUGAGGGAGGGUGUGCUGGCGUCAUCAGUCCCGACAGGAGGCUGAAGCUAUCUAGAACCAGGCUCUCCAUCUUCAUUUACACCAACAGAGGGGUACGUCAGCACUGCCCUAUGUCUCCUGCCUCAUUCUGUAAUGAGAGUGCAUUGCUCAUCUGCUGGGAAGGCAUCCCUGGUCUACUCCAUUCACCAUCAAAUGUGGCUGACUUAACAAGCUAUAGGGGAGGGCAGGCUAGCCACCUCCCAUCUGCCGCUUUAGAACAGUGCGAGUCCCUCACCACCACCAUCUCCAGGCCGCCACCGGGAUUGGAGGGAGAGAUUAGUAUCUUCAGUAUUUCCCAUCCUUAGUGGCCCAGGAUCUUAGCAUUCGGCUGUGCUUCUGUAUAGCCUCCCCAAGCUGAGGCCAGGUAGUUAGGUCCACACACCUCCACCCACCCCCAUUGGACAGAAGAGCAACAGCCCAAUCUGUGGUCUUCAUCUUCAGCCAGGGGUGAAGGGUGAGAUCCAUGUCUCUGGCACUCCCAACCCUGGCCGAGUCAGGAGGGUUAUGUCCAUACCUCCAUCUACCUCUUGAGGACAUUGCUUUUGAAGAUGCAGAUGUUGAGUGAUAGGCUGAUGUUCUUAGCUCUCCAUACUGGUCUUAACAUGGUGGUCACAUCGCUCAUGGAAUUGCCAUCCGUCCAUCUCUUCCAAAGCAGUGUUGUUGAUGUUGAUUGGUGUGUUGGUUUCGGUGUUCAUCCUCAUGGUUUUUGUCUUUUGAAUGUUGAUAUUGAGUCCUGCCAUUUGUGCGGUCUACCAACUUCUGAGUUUUUGCCUGCACGUCCUGAUGUCGACCUGCAAGAAAAGCGAGAUAAUCUGCAUAGUCCAGAUCCUCAAGCACUCAGUGUCCAUAUGAUCCCACGUUUUCCACCUGUUGUGGAAAGCAUUAAGACUCCCUCUAAAUGGGUGGAAAGCAGGCAAUACUGCAAGUGCUCUUGAAUAACAGGGAUACAAAAUAUUUUGGGAUUAGCCAGAAAAGAAUCCCGCUCUACAGUCUACUGAAAAGGAGUUUCCUUCUGCCAAGUGGCAGUAUCUUCAUUUCAGAAUCGCAAACAAAUGAGAUAUACACUGCUCAAAAAGGGAACACUAAAAUAACACAUCCUAGAUCUGAAUGAAUUCAAUAAUCUUAUUAAAUACUUUUUUCUUUACAUAGUUGAAUGUGCUGACAACAAAAUCACACAUAAAUGAUCAAUGGAAAUCAAAUGUAUCAACCCAUGGAGGUCUGGAUUUGGAGUCACACUCAAAAUUAAAGUGGAAAACCACACUACAGGCUGAUCCAACUUUGAUGUAAUGUCCUUAAAACAAGUCAAAAUGAGGCUCAGUAGUGUGUGUGGCCUUCACGUGCCUGUAUGACCUGCCUACAACACCUGGGCAUGCUCCUGAUGAGGUGGCGGAUGGUUUCCUGAGGGAUCUCCUCCCAGACCUGGACUAAAGCAUCCGCCAACUCCUGGACAGUCUGUGGUGCAACGUGGCGUUGGUGGAUGGAGCGAGACAUGAUGUCCCAGAUGUGCUCAAUUGGAUUCAGGUCUGGUGAACGGGCGGGCCAGUCCAUAGCAUCAAUGCCUUCCUCUUGCAGGAACUGCUGACACACUCCAGCCACAUGAGGUCUAGCAUUGUCUUGCAUUAGGAGAAACCCAGGGCCAACCGCACCAGCAUAUGGUCUCACAAGGGGUCUGAGGAUCUCAUCUCGGUACCUAAUGGCAGUCAGGCUACCUCUGGCGAGCACAUGGAGGGCUGUGCGGCCCCCCAAAGAAAUGCCACCCCACACCAUGACUGACCCACCGCCAAACCGGUCAUGCUGGAGGAUGUUGCAGGCAGCAGAACGUUCUCCACGGCGUCUCCAGACUCUGUCACGUCUGUCACAUGCUCAGUGUGAACCUGCUUUCAUCUGUGAAGAGCACAGGGUGCCAGUGGCGAAUUUGCCAAUCUUGGUGUUCUCUGGCAAAUGCCAAACGUCCUGCACGGUGUUGGGCUGUAAGCACAACCCCCACCUGUGGACGUCGGGCCCUCAUACCACCCUCAUGGAGUCUGUUUCUGACCGUUUGAGCAGACACAUGCACAUUUGUGGCCUGCUGGAGGUCAUUUUGCAGGGCUCUGGCAGUGCUCAUCCUGCUCCUCCUUGCACAAAGGCGGAGGUAGCAGUCCUGCUGCUGGGUUGUUGCCCUCCUACAGCCUCCUCCACGUCUCCUGAUGUACUGGCCUGUCUCCUGGUAGCGCCUCCAUGCUCUGGACACUUCGCUGACAGACACAGCAAACCUUUUUGCUACAGCUCGCAUUGAUGUGCCAUCCUGGAUGAGCUGCACUACCUGAGCCACUUGUGUGGGUUGUAGACUCCGUCUCAUGCUACCACUAGAGUGAAAGCACCGCCAGCAUUCAAAAGUGACCAAAACAUCAGCCAGGAAGCAUAGGAACUGAGAAGUGGUCUGUGGUCACCACCUGCAAAACCAGUCCUUUAUUGGGGUUGUCUUGCUAAUUGCCUAUAAUUUCCACCUGUUGUCUAUUCCAUUUGCACAACAGCAUGUGAAAUGUAUUGUCAAUCAGUGUUGCUUCCUAAGUGGACAGUUUGAUUUCACAGAAGUGUGAUUGACUUGGAGUUACAUUGUGUUGUUUAAGUGUUCCCUUAAUUUUUUUGAGCAGUGUAUUUCUCUCUUCUGUUGCCAUGGGUAACACACAUCUUUCUCUACUCAUCUCUAAUCUUGGGUUAUUUUUUAGAUAUUCUCCCAUUACAAGUUGUGCAUGCUGUUGCGCCAUUGGCAUCAUUUCAUGUCCUCGGUAGCGCUUUAGUUUUGAGUCGCAGUUAUACAGUUACAAUGUGCAAUGCUUUAUUCAAUUGGCCUUGUUUGAACUCUGAAAAGUGCAUCUUUUUUUUUACAUUGUAUAUUAAACCGAAACUAUCCACAUCCAUAUUAUUAUGAAUUCGCAUAGUGAUAAAUGUGAACUGGUUGAAAAAAACUAAUAGAAUUGUACUUGAAAAAAUAUGGCUAUAAUUCAGAGUGGUACUGUAGUUGGGACAAUAUAAGUUAAUAAAGCACUCUUCAUUUCUACAGGCGAAUACACUGUCAUGACGGCACAUUUCCAUUUGAAGCGGAAGAUUGGCUACUUUGUGAUCCAGACCUAUCUACCAUGCAUCAUGACCGUCAUCCUCUCCCAAGUGUCCUUCUGGCUGAACAGAGAGUCGGUGCCAGCUAGGACUGUGUUUGGUGAGUAUGGGGCCACCUAUCCUGCUUUAAUGUCAAAGGGAGAUAUGCACAAAAGUUGGAGUUUAUUUGUGUGUAACCCUUUUGCUCUAUCCGUAUCACUUUCUUUCUCCCACCAUUUUGUUUUUACUUACCCAAGCAUUGGUCCUCUUCUUACCCUGUCUCACUAUAUCUCUUUCUCUCUCCCUCCCUUCUUAUUUUGGCUUGGUCCUGCAUUGGUGACAUACAGUUGAAGUCGGAAGUUUACAUACACCUUAGUCAAAUACAUUUAAACUCAGGUUUUCACAAUUCCUGACAUUUAAUCCUAAUACCCAUUCCCUGUUUUAGGUCAGUUAGGAUCACCACUUUAUUUUAAGAAUGUGAAAUGUCAGAAUAAUAGUAGAGAGAAUGAUUUAUUUCAGCUUUUAUUUCUUUCAUCACAUUCCCAGUGGGUCAGAAGUUUACAUACACUCAAUUAGUAUUUGGUAGCAUUUUCUUUAAAUUGUUUAACUUGUGUCAAACGUUUCGGGUAGCCUUCCACAAGCUUCCCAUAAUAAGUUGGGUGAAUUUUGGCCCAUUCCUCCUGACAGAGCUGGUGUAACUGAGUCAGGUUUGUAGGCCUGCUUGCUCGCACACACUUUUUCAGUUCUGCCCACAAAUUUUCUAUAGGAUUGAGGUCAGGGCUUUGUGAUGGCCACUACAAUACCUUGACUUUGUUGUCCUUAAGCCAUUUUGCCACAACUUUGGAAGUAUGUUUGGGGUCAUUGUCCAUUUGGAAGACCAAUUUGCGACCAAGCUUUAACUUCCUGACUGAUGUCUUGAGAUGUUGCUUCAAUAUAUCCACAUAAUUUUCCUUCCUCAUGAUGCCAUCUAUUUUGUGAAGUGCACCAGUCCCUCCUGCAGCAAAGCACCCCCACAGCAUGAUGCUGCCUACUCCGUGAUUCACGGUUGGGAUGGUAUUCUUCACCUUGCAAGCUCUCCCCUUUUUCCUCCAAACAUAACGAUGGUCAUUAUGGCCAAAAAGUUCUAUUUUUGUUUAAUCAGACCAGAGGACAUUUCUCCAAAAAGUACGAUAUUUUUCCCCAUGUGCAGUUGCAAACCGUAGUCUGGCUUUUUUAUGGCGGUUUUGGAGCAGUGGCUUCUUCCUUCCUGAGCGGCCUUUCAGGUAAUGUCGAUAUAGGACUCGUUUUACUGUGGAUAUAGAUACUUUUCCUCCAGCAUCUUCACAAGGUCCUUUGCUGUUGUUCUGGGAUUGAUUUGCACUUUUUGCACCAAAGUACGUUCAGCUCUAGGAGACAGAACAUGUCUCCUUCCUGAGCGGUAUGACAGCUGCGUGGUCCCAUGGUGUUUAUACUUGCGUACUAUUGUUUGUACAGAUGAACGUGGUACCUUCAGGCGUUUGGAAAUUGCUCCCAAGGAUGAACCAGACUUGUGGAGGUCUACCAUUUAUUUUCUGAGGUCUUGGCUGAUUUCUUUUGAUUUUCCCAUGAUGUCAAGCAAAGAGGCACUGAGUUUGAAGGUAGGCCUUGAAAUACAUCCACAGGUACACCUCCAAUUGACUCAAAUGAUGUCAAUUAGCCUAUCAGAAGCUUCUAAAGCCAUGACAUCAUUUUCUGGAAUUUUCCAAGCUGUUGAAAGGCACAGUCAACUUAGUGUAUGUAAACUUCUGACCCACUGGAAUUGUGAUACAGUGAAUUAUAAGUGAAAUAAUCUGUCUGUAAACAAUUGUUGGAAAAAUUACUUGUGUCAAACUGACUUGCCAAAGUUAUAGUUUGUUAACAAGAAAUUAGUGGAGUGGUUGAAAAACGAGUUGUAAUGACUCCAACCUAAGUGUAUGUAAACUUCCGACUUCAACUGUAGUAGUGGCCAGUUAUCAUGUCAUGCAGACUGCCUAACUGCAGUUCAGUUUUGCUCUGUGGUGCCAGGAGCCUUGGGGAUGUGCCCUGUGUGUCCGUUUGCCUGUUUUCCUACCCACUCUGCAGUAUAGCUGUUUGUAUUACUGUGUAAUGAAUGAGCAACACUUGUUCCAAUGUGAUCCUGUGCGACUGCCUGAAAAGCCAAGUUCGUUUUUGUUCUGCCAUAGCAAGGUAAUUGAAUCUAGCGCUAGUGGCCAAGAGGAGGGCUAGCUUAAUAGUGUGAUCAGGACUGUUUACGAAAAGCAGGGGGUUAUUUGGGAGCCAGUGCCAGUCCCGAGACCCCAGCAAAAAUAGGCGUUUUCAUUUAUGUGACUUUCAUUUAUCUGCAUGUCCACCCCUUAUAUUUAGCUUCACAAUUGAAGUAUUUUACCAUUUUCUUUUCAGGGAAACCAGGGCAGCAAGUAGAACACAAAACAAUUUGACAUAAACAGUUGCAUUUAUGAGCUUUAUUGAAAAUAAGGUCAGCCAAAGACAAAAACGGAUCAAAAUGAAUGCAUAUGAAUGCUGUAAGUACAGAAAUUGUUUACUCAGUGGGGAAUUAAUAUCCAACAAGUCAGUGACAACUAUGUGGUUUGGAGGUUGUGACAGCAACUAUGUGAGCUUAUUACAGUAUUAUAGACACCAUGUCCUGGAAUUUCCUAUGAUCUUCUAUGUAGACGAACCCCUGACCUUCUAAUGACUCUUGUGUAGCUUGUGAGCAUCAUAGAGCAAAACAUGUUACACGUGCGUGUUCAUGCGAGUCUCAGCUUAUAAUAGUUUGUGGCUCAAACCAUUCUGACUCUACAGACAUUUUGUAAAAAAGACCUGGCCCCUUUGGGAUCCGCCCUCAUCUCACAAACAUUGCUCAAGCUCAGCCCCAUGUUAAUCAAAAGAAAUAGACAAAUCAAAUGGUGCAACCCAGAAGUCUGUAGCUCAAACACAAAGUUUAAAAGGGGUUAGAAGUCCUAAAUCACGCCGGCGUGACGGUGGGAGUCAUUGGGUUAAUAUUCCCCCAUGGACUGCAUAGACUGCAAAAAUAUGCUCCAUACACAUGGGCAGACAUUGAUUGACUGAUUUGAUUUGGUCAUUUGAAAACACAUGUACAGCACAGUCAUAUCACUGAAGAGAUGAUUACCAUUCACACAUGAUAAACACAAUAUAUUAUAUAAAGGAUAAGCACAUUACACAAUAAAGUCAGCAACUUAUUUUUUCUUAUUGGUGUGAAUAACCUUUCUGAAUGAAUCAUGUAAACAGAGCAAGCAACUUUUGACUUAAGAUGGCAGUUAAAAAUCUACCCUGGAGCUGUAUGACUCUAAAGGCCACAUAACUCCAUCUAGUGAAAAAAUAGGUUCCGUUUAGCAGUUACUGUAUGAUAAUAAUGUUUUCUGCUUAAUACAAACAUACAAAUAAUUUAGGUUUUGUAAUAACUACCUUUCACAAGUUACCUUUUUUAAAUCCAGUUUAUGGUGAAAUUUCUGUUCCAGGCUUUACUGGUAGAUUGGUUUGGUAAUACAGAAGGGACGCUGUGCUAGCCUGGCAUACAGUACUAACACCCUCAAAAGUGUAUGUUAGUGUGUAUGCAGCACCGCCAACAACCAUCCUGACAUGUUCACGGUAGAAUGGGCCAUAGUUGUGUAACCAGCUUUAAAGGAUCAGCACAUUUCUAGAUCUGAUUGGGUUUGAUCUGAAAAGAGGGAGUUAGUUGGUUUAUAAUUCUCUGUGUCCCUUUAAGUCUCCUCAUAUUUCAGUGCCACAGAUAGUAUACCCUCGGCGAAGUGGGCAGCGAAUUAAUGUUUUUUCUUCAGAUAAGAAAAAACUAGGUUAAAGAAAUUCAAGCAUUUAUUUUUCUGUCGAUGUGCCCUUGAGCAAGGCACUUAACCCUAAUUGCUCCUGUAAGUCGCUCUGGAUAAGAGCGUCUGCUAAAUGAUUAAAAAUUUAAAAAUGUAAAAUUCUCUACCUUAGUUCUAAAUUAACAAUUUGAGUAAAUACAGUCUUGUCUCUUAUUUGCAGACAAUGUUUUUAAUUCCCACUUCCCAGGAAAUCUGAGAAAAGUGGAAUUUCAGUGGAGCUUGAAGUCACAAUGUUUUCACACAGCCCUCAAAUCAAAACAUCAGGUGCAAAUGUGGCAUGAAAUUAUUUUUGGGGAAAAAGGUCUGCUUUUUUAUUUUGAUAUAUAUGCUGUCAUCAAUCAAUGUCCCCAUUGUCACGCCCUGGCUCGGGGGACUCUCGUAUGUUGAGCCAGGGUGUUAGUUUCUAUGUUUUGUUGUGGGUCUAGGUUAUUGUAUUUCUUUGUGUGAGUGACUCCCAAUCAGAGGUAACGAGUGUCAGCUGUUGGCUCGUUGUCUCUGAUUGGGAGCCAUAUUUAAACUGUCGGUUUUCACUUUGUGUUUUGUGGUUUCUUGUUCUCGUUGGGUUGUGUUCAACUGUAGACGUCACGUUUCGUUUGUUAUUUUGAUCGUGUGAUCAUUUAUCUAAUAAAAGAUGUUCACCUUCAACGCUGCGCAUUGGUCCUCAUUAGACGAUCGUGACACCCAUUGAUAUACAAGGGUACAGUUCAAGUAGCAGACAUGGUAUUUCACUUAUGCGCACAAAAAAACUAUGCAUCAUAUGUUGCAAUGUCAAUUAUUGAUGAUCUAGAGGCAAUAAUUUUACAGUUGAGUUAGAUACCAGCUUGUGCAACUGGAUGAACCCUCUAAUUACUUCCAAGUUUAAAUAUUGUGUUCCCCAGGGUUCUGUCCCGGAGAUAUUAGUAUUCUUGUUAUUUACGACUUUCCUGUUUACUUCCUGCAACACAUACCUUUAAAGGGCAACCAAAACUAACUACAGAGUUUGACCUAAAAGAAGACUGCCUGAGGAAAGUGCAGGAUAUGGUAAAGAGAAAGUUCAGCUCCUUGACCAAGCCAUGUUCUGAACGGAGUCUUCAAGUUGCGCAUCUGAAGUAUCCUAAAUGUCAUCUUGCUUUUUUUGUUACAGUAAAGCAUACGUUGGGACAUGUUCAAUUAGAAUUUUGCUUGUUUACAACCAAAUAAAAUUGUUUGAUGUAAAUGGCAUGUUAUAGAAGGAUCCAGACACUUUUUUUACAUUUUCACUUGUUUUUGAGAAACUUACCCCAACCAGCGAUUCACUUCCUCAUCCUCAUUGUGCAGUACUGGGGCUCUGAAAAAGCAUGAACAUUAAACGCCCAAAUACAGUUGAAGUCAGAAGUUUACAUACACCUUAGCCAAACACAUUUAAACUCAGUUUUUCACAAUUCCUGACAUUUAAUCCUAGUAAAGAUUCCCUGUCUUAGGUCAGUUAGGAUCACCACUUUAUUUUAAGAAUGUGAAAUGUCAGAAUAUUAGUAGAGAGAAUAAUUUAUUUCAGGUUAUAUUUCUUUCAUCACAUUCCCAGUGAGUCAGAAGUUUACAUACACUCAAUUAGUAUUUGGUAGCAUUGCCUUUAAAUUGUUUAACUUGGGUCAAACGUUUCAGGUAGCCUUCCAAAAGCUUCCCACAAUAAGUUGGGUGGAUUUUGGCCCAUUCCUCCUGACAGAGCAGGUGUAACUGAGUCAGGUUUGUAGGACUCCUUGCUCGCACACGCUUUUUCAGUUCUGCCCACACAUUUUCUAUAGGAUUGAGGUCAGGGCUUUGUGAUGGCCACUACAAUACCUUGACUUUGAUGUCCUUAUGCCAUUUUGCCACAACUUUGGAAGUAUGCAUUGUCCAUUUGGAAGACCCUUUUGCGACCAAGCUUUAACUUCCUGACUGAUGUCUUGAGAUGUUGCUUCAAUAUAUCCACAUCAUUUUCCUUCCUCAUGAUGCCAUCUAUUUUGUGAAGUGCACAAGUCCCUCCUGCAGCAAAGCACCCCCCACAGCAUGAUGCUGCCACCCCCGUGCUUCAUGGUUGGGAUGGUGUUCUUCGGCUUGCAAGCACCCCCUUUUUCCUCCAAACAUAAUGAUGGUCAUUAUGGCCAAACAGUUCCAUUUUUGUUUCAUCAGACCAGAGGACAUUUCUGCAAAAACUACGAUCGUUGUCCCUAUGUGCAGUUGCAAACUGUAGUCUGGCUUUUUUAUAGCGGUUUUGGAGCAGUGGCUUUUGUACCUGUUUCCUCCAGCAUCUUCACAAGGUCCUUUGCUGUUGUUCUGGGAUUGAUUUGCACUUUUCGCACCAAAGUACAUUCAUCUCUAGGAGACAGAACGUGUCUCCUUCCUGAGCGGUAUGACGGCUGCGUGGUCCCAUGGUGUUUAUACUUGCGUACUAUUGUUUGUACAGAUGAACGUGGUACCUUCAGGCAUUUGGAAAAUGCUCCCAAGGAUGAACCAGACUUGUGGAGGUGUACAAUUUUUUUUCUGAGGUCUUGGCUGAUUUCUUUUGAUUUUCCCAUGAUGUCAAGCAAAGGAGGUAGACCUUGAAAUACAUCCACAGGUACACCUCCAAUUGACUCAAAUGAUGUCAAUUAGCCUAUCAGAAGCUUCUAAAGCCAUGACAUCAUUUUCUGGAAUGUUCCAAGCUGUUUAAAGGCACAGUCAACUUAGUGUAUGUAAACUUCUGACCCACUGGAAUUGUGAUACAGUGAAUUCUAAGUGAAAUAAUCUGUCUGUAAACAAUUGUUGGAAAAAUUACUUGUGUCAUGCACAAAGUAGAUGUCCUAACCGACUUUCCAAAACUAUAGUUUGUUAACAAGACAUUUGUGGAGUGGUUGAAAAACGAGUUUUACUGACUCCAACCUAAGUGUAUGUAAACUUACAACUUCAACUGUAUGUCCUUUUAGAAACGGAAAAGCUCUCAGUAUAGUGAUGCAGGUCUUUAGAUGUUGUACAUGUGAAAUUGUGUCAUUCUGAACUUUAUCCGCAACAUUAUAUUCCAUUUUGUUGCGACUUGAAUAUGUCCUAGAAUAUGUACUUACAUAUCAGCCAGGACGCACACUGGCUAACUAGUGAAUGCUAACUAGUGAGGAAAACACAGGAGCUGGAGAUCCCCCACUUCACAGGUGGGCAGAGCUUCAGCUCUGAUAUGAUGAACUUCUAUCUAUUCUACAGUACUAUGAUAACUGCUAUUUCUCCAUAGCCUUUCGUACAACUAUGUUCCAUAAAAUAGAAACACUGUAUAUUAAGUCGCCGUUAUACCAUGUUAUUACUAUACACCUACGCUUCUUUGCUAACCAGACUGUAAUUACUUGGCUGUACAUGGUAUCUGUAGAUAAGGUACUUAAAAUGAUUGAAUUAUAAUCAAAGGAAACUGACCAAGCUGAAACUGAAACAGUUUUCUGUUCCCCCUAGGUGUAACCACUGUGCUGACAAUGACCACCCUGAGUAUAAGUGCUCGUAACUCCCUCCCCAAGGUGGCCUACGCCACGGCCAUGGACUGGUUCAUCGCUGUCUGCUACGCCUUCGUCUUCUCCGCCCUCAUUGAGUUUGCCACCGUCAACUACUUCACCAAGCGCGGCUGGGCCUGGGAUGGGAAGAGCAUUGUGAAUGACAAGGUAAUGGAAGCAUAUCCCCCUCCGAUUGCCUGACAUGCAGCAUUUUCAGAGAGAGUCCAUAGUGAUCUUUUUGUUUUGAUGGGGCCAUCAUUUCCAUAUGAUUUCCAACCAGAGGGCAUCAGAAUGUGUUGUGUUUGCAUCAGCAUUCAGGUCGUUCCCUGUGCGACUGCCACAGGCAAUACUGGAGCUGGAAGACCAUGUGCAUAUGUAUAGAUUUAAAU